CAAACGGCAGCUCGGGUGUCGCACAUUCGACAGUUGCUUGCGGCCCAGGGCAAUGAACGGCAUCCUGCAGCAGGUGCGUCCCCAGGUGGCGGCGGCGCCGGCGGCGGCACCAGGCAGAGGCGCGCACGCGCAGCGGCAGCAGCUCAGCGUGGUGAGCGCGCUGUGCCUGCUGGCGAUCUGGCACGACCGUCAGCUGCAGGAGCUGGAGGACAUGCAAUCGCUGGCGGUGCUGGUGUACAGCCACGAGAUGAAGCAGGACCGCAAGGUGUGGAAGGAGGUCGUUCCAGAGGGCGGCGGCGGACACCCGUCGGGAGUGAGCCUGCGCAGCCUGGCCUUCGCCCAGGUGGUCACGCAGCUGCGGCUUCGGGCGUGCAAGGCGGCGGGCCGCGAAUCGGCCAUCCCGGCGGAGGCCCCAGAGCCGGCGGCGCGCGGCACGUCGCAGGCGGAUGCGCCCGCCGACGCGGCCGAGCAGCAAUUCCAGUUGGGGCUGCGGGCGCUGAAGGCUCUCGCGGGGAUGGUGGCCCAGGACAUCGACCGCAACGUGCGCCGCUUCGCCCCGAAACACCAGGAACCGCUGAUGGAGGAGGAGCGCCCGUGGGUGUAGACGCUGCGUGUGGCGCCGGCAGCCACGCAGGCGUUCUACGACGCGAUGCUCGUCAUCUCUACAGGGGCGUCAAGGUGGUGCCGCAGCGGUCGGUCGACGGCCCCCUGCUGCGCCGCCUCCAGGACGCGCUGCGGGAGGCGGGCGUUCAGGCGGGCGCGGCCAAGGGCGGCGGCAAAGGGAAGAACAAGGGCGGCAACCGCGGCUGGCGUCGUGGAGAGGGUGAUGGCGAUGCAGGCCGCCAAGGGCGGCAGCGAGUGUCAUGAUGAGAACGGCCGCUGGCCCGGGUGGUGCAGAUGGAGCUCCGCGCGUGGCUGGCGCGCCCCCUCCCUCUGACUGCCCUUCGGGGCCAAGGGGUGCGCCCGGGGGCUUCGGCCCCGCCGGGGGCUCCGGCCCCGCUGCGGGUCCAAGCUCGGGUGCGCUUCCUGUGCGUCGUAAUUCACGAAUUUCUCCGCGCAGGCCAGCCACAUCUUCGUGCUCAUGGUCGUCGGGACGUCCGGCUUCUACAUGAAAGUACCUCUUUUAUAAUAUCAUCUUCGGCUCAUGGUUGUCGGGACGGCCGGCUUCAUCAUUGAGUGCCCUUUUAUAUUAUCAUUUUCGUGCUCAUGGUUGUCGGGAGGCCGGCUUCUGCAUCGAGUGCCCUUUUAUAGUAUCAUCAUCAUCGUGCCCAUGGAUGUCGCGAGGGGCGGCUUCAUCAUGGAGUACCACUUCGGCGCCGACGUGGCGCACCUCCUCUUCGACUACCGCACCCUCGCCUAUUUCUUCGUUGCCUUCUUCCUCUACUGGCUCCUCUUCUCCUCCUUCGUGAUUCUCGUGAGUGCCCUCCAGGACCGGGCGGCCCUCGACAGCUACGCAAGGAACUACAUGUGGAUCUCCCCGAGCACGGCCGUGAAGCCCGCCAGCUGUUUCCAGAAAGGGCGAACUGUCACCAGAACGAGCAGAACUAUCUCUGGACCGCGCGUGAGCUGCUCCAAAAAUGCACAAUUUAUUUCUGGAGCGCCGAAAUACAUUGCCGUUUCUGGAACGCUGGAAUUUCCGGGAAAGCACCUACUGGCUCGAAGACAGCUCAUAUUUUUUCGUUACCAAUUCCUCACGGAUGUGCCCGUCAGAUCCGUGGUCAUCCGACCACCGGUUUACCGAAUUCGAUUAUACUGCGAAGCGACGCGCGACAUGGGGAUAUCGCGGUUUGAUAGUUUUAAGAUCUUCGCCGCUGCCGCCGACCCUGAACAGGAUUGCAGGAGAUGAGGAAGCAUCAGACACAAGGGCGUGGAAUUUUGCCACCCAAAACCAACAGAAGAAGUGUGAGGAAGAGGGAAGUGAGAUAUCAUGAAAAGAGUUUGGUCCAGCCCACCUUGGGAAGUGGUGGAUUCACGUACGCACGCGCAGCAAAACAUGUUCGUGGAAGAACGUGGCCCUCAGCCAUCCAGACAAGGUCGACACUGCGCGUUUUGAAGGGCUUUGCACAAACAUCCCCA